AUGCGCCUGUCCAGCAUCCUAGCGACUACUCUGACCCUGGCCGGUCCUCUGGUGCAUGCACAGGACCUCGGCUCACUACUCUCCGACGCCACCUCUCUCGUCUCCAGCGUCGUUUCGGCCAUCGGCUCAGCCACCGCCAGCGAACCGCUCAUCACGAGCAUCGAGUCCGCCAUCCAGAGCGCCACGAGCCAGUUGCCGUCGGUGACCGGGUCGGCGGGCAGCAUGCUCUCCUCGUACCUCUCGGAGGCGAGUUCGGCGCUAGACUCUGCCACGGCGGGUACUGAUUCUACUGCGACCGCUGCGGCCACCGACACCACCGCGACGGCGGCAGGCACGGCUGCAGCAACCGGCGCAGGCGCGGGUGGCGCAGCAGAUAGAGCCGCGUUAUCGGGCAUGAGCAUCUUUGUGCCGGCGGUAGUGGUGGGCGUUGCCGCCUUGUUGUAG